AUGACGUUAUGUACGGGAAGAAGGGGGACAGGAAAGAAGAGAAAAUCCAAGCCCGAGGUAGUAGUCCUACAAGGAGACGUAGCCGCGUCCUCGUCCUCUACAGCAGAGGAAGAAAUAGCGACCCAACGUUUACUACAGAUAUUCCAGGAAACCACCGAUGAAGACACAUGUGAAGGGUUAUACACAACGCAGGAAGAAAGGAGCAACCAGGCGCUAAGGGAUAUAUUUGAAGCUCCAUCCGAGGAGGGAACCUGGAAGGGAUUCUCCUCGGUCACCCCUGAUGGGGAUGUGGAACAUCCUCCACAUCCCUCUACCGAGGUCGACCUGCCCCAGGAAUUAAAGGGACAGUUCGGCACCUCGCAGCAUAGAAACCCAGACCUAAGGGAGGCCAUGAGGAAGGUGAAGGUGAUCGACGGGAGGAACGUCGACGGAUCAGAGACUCCCUUUGAACGCAUAGCUAUGGACCUCGUAGGACCCCUCCCAAAAUCCGCCAGAGGACACGAGUACAUCCUAGUGGUUAUAGAUUACGCUACCAAGUUCCCGGAGGCCAUACCCCUGCGUAACAUGUCGUCAAAGGGAAUUGCCAAGGAGUUAUUCCUGAUGUUCUCUCGUGUGGGCCUCCCCAAGACUAUCUUAACCGAUCAAGGAACCCCGUUUAUGUCCCGGUUGAUGAAGGACUUGUGUCGGUUAUAUCAGGUUCAACAGAUACGUACAAGCAUAUUCCACCCUCAAACAGACGGAUUGUGUGAACGCUUGAACAAAACGAUUAAAAGCAUGUUGAGAAGAGUGGUGUCCCGAGACGGGAAAAACUGGGACAUGCUUCUCCCACACUUAAUGUUUGCCCUGCGAGAAGUACCCCAGGCAUCCACUGGAUUCUCUCCGUUUGAAUUGCUCUAUGGCAGACCCUGUCGAGGGAUCCUCGACUUAGCCAAGGAGACCUGGGAGACCCAACCAUGCCCCUUUCGAUCCACAAUAGAACACGUUACCCUGAUGAGAGACCGCCUGUCAGCAGUGUGGCCCAUAGUCAAGGAGCAUAUGGAGAAGGCCCAAAGGACCCAAGGCCGGGCCUAUGAUAAGUCCGCGACCCCCCGUGAGUUCACCGUGGGAGAGAAAGUGAUGGUGCUUGUGCCCACGGCCGAACAUCGCUUGCUGGCGCAGUGGAGGGGGCCCUACGAGGUAAUGAAAAGGGUCUCACCGGUCAAUUACCUCAUCAAGCAACCUGACAGGAGGAAGAAGGUCCAACUCUAUCACAUAAACCUGCUGAAGACGUACCAUGGACGAGAGGAGGAGGUGGCUUUGAUGGCCCUGGAGGGCAAAGGAAAAGAGGAGGCUCUACCACAGGUGCGCCGUGGCCAAACUCUCCUACCGGAGCAGUCAAGACAGCUAGACAAGUUGAUUAUGAACUUCGGUCGAAUAUUCUCUCCAUUCCCAGGACAAACAGAUGUCCUGUUCCACCAUAUCCACACUGAACCCGGCAAGAAGGUGCAUAUCCACCCUUACAGGAUUCCUGAGGCUCGCCGAGUCAUCGCUAAGAAAGAGGUGAGGGAAAUGUUGAGGAUGGGCGUGAUCGAGCCCUCGACGAGUGAGUGGUCCAGUCCCAUAGUCCUGGUCCCCAAAUCCGAUGGUAGUAUGAGACUCUGCAACGACUUUAGGGGCGUGAAUGCCAUCUCUACAUUCGAUGCGUAUCCCAUGCCCCGCGUGGAUGAACUCUUGGAGCGCUUAGGAAAGGCCAAGUUCAUCACUACCCUGGAUUUGACGAAGGGAUAUUGGCAAGUGCCGGUGGCUCCGGAGGAUCGCCCAAAGACUGCCUUCGCCACCCCAGAGGGGCUUUUCCAGUAUGUGAGGAUGCCCUUCGGACUGCACGGUGCCGCUGCAACUUUCCAACGCCUCAUGGAUGCCAUUCUACGGCCCCAUCAAGAGUAUGCAGCGGCGUACAUAGACGAUGUGGUCAUCCACAGCGAGGACUGGGAUAGUCACCUCCUGCGAUUACGGGCGGUGCUCGUGAGUUUGGAAGCCACAGGGUUGACAGCCAAUCCAAAUAAAUGCUGCCUGGGACUGUCCGAAGCGGAAUACACCGUGGGGAAUGGGAAAAUACGCCCACAGGCAGAGAAGACAAGGGCAAUUCGUGACUGGCCUCGACCCCGGAGCAAGCGAGAUGUUCGGGCCUUCUUAGGGAUAACAGGAUAUUAUCGCCGUUUUAUCCCGGGAUAUGCAACCAUUGCCAACCCCCUCACAAACCUCAUCAGGAAAAACCUGCCAAACCAGGUAGAGUGGAAAGACGAGACGGAAGAGGCCUUUCAAUUGCUAAAAGAUGGCCUGUGUUCUGAUCCCGUUUUACAGGCUCCGGACUUCUCACAAGAGUUCAUUGUGCAGGUCGACGCCUCGGAUACAGGGCUCGGGGCCGUACUAGCUCAGGGUAAAGGUGAAGAAGAGAAGCCGAUUCUCUUCAUUAGUAGGAAGCUCAGCGAUCGGGAACAGAGGUAUUUGACCGUAGAGAAUGAGGCCUUAGCCAUCAAGUGGGCCCUCGAUUAUCUCCGGGCCGGAUCGAGGAACGGGAAUGCAGACGCGCUGUCCCGACGCGAGCAAGACGGUGCGUCUGGCGUCCGACCCUCCGGUUCGGUCCUGGGGGGGAAGAAGUCAGAGCCGCCCAACGGCAGCUCAUCUGCAACUCUCCUACCCUGA